GUUUUGAGAAGCUUUUGGAAAAGGGGAUUGAAUGUUCCAACAACAUUGACGGGUAAUGGAAGUGUGUGUGAGCACUCCCCAACCAGGAUUUGCCUAUCGUUCAUAUUAGUUAUAUAGACAGGGUUUAACAGUGACCACUUCGAGGGCUAUCUUGUGAACUUAUCUAUCUGUAUCGUGUAUAUGAAGAGUCGAGGCAUAUCAGUCAAGACUGCAGCAAAGAUUUGUUGAGUUGUUCGUCUGUGCUAUGCGAGCAAGCAGUACACUUCGACCGAGGUCACAGCGCGUAACGGUAGUCUACUGAAAGCUACACACACACACGCCGACAUUUAUUGACGUUGGGUUGCAUGCACAGCGUGUAAUAUAUAUAACAGCCAAGGAUUUCUCGAGAUUUGGGCACAACUGUGCCAUCCCAAAUCGCCAGUAGUUAUUCUGUUAAGUAUGCCGGAGCAGACUGACGUCUUCUUUCGGGACAUAAUGGCACUGGCUACGAGUCCUGAAAGCCUGAGAAAGCAACUCUGUGACGGGGAAGUGUUGGUUCUUGACUACCGUCCGAAUUCGACUUACACCCGGUCGCACAUCGAAGGUGCGCUCAACCUCUCAGUGCCCGGAAUCUUGCUUCGUCGUUUGAAGCGAGGAAAGGUCGCCUUUAGGUGUUUCAUUCACGGUGAUGAAGGAAAGGAACGGUUCGCCAGGAAAUCUCACUUGGUGCCUGUGGUUCUUUAUGAUGAAAAUUCGUCUGAUGUGAACGCAAACUCGGACUCUCCAUUCGUCUUACUACUCAAAAAACUGCAGGACGAAGGUUGUCAUGCCACUUAUUUACAAGGUGGUUUCAACCGUUUCAAGGAGCUGUACUCUCCCCUCUGUCCCGAGCAGGACGAUAACAGCGACUCGGACAACUCCAUCCCAGAUCUGGGCUUUGACAAGCUGAAGAUUGACACCUGCAUCGACCUCGUGGGUUCAGAGACCCCUCUGGAUAACCGGUACCCCGUUGAGAUACUACCCUACCUCUUCCUGGGCUCCAAGCAGGAUUCAGAGAAUCUGGAGCUCUUGUCCAAGUUGGGCAUUCACAGAAUCCUCAAUGUCACCCCAAACAUCCCAAACUGUUUUGAGAGCAAUGGUAUGAAAUACAUGCAGAUCCCUAUACCUGAUCACUGGAGUCAGAAUCUCGCCAAGUUCUUUCCCGAGGCAAUAGAAUUUAUAGAUGAUGCCCGUAAGUUCCACCAUGGUAUCCUUGUCCACUGUCUCGCAGGAGUCAGUCGCUCCGUCACAGUCACCGUGGCCUACCUCAUGCAGAAGCUCUGCCUAACCCUCAACGACGCCUACGACUUUGUCAAAGAGCGCAAGAACAACAUCUCGCCCAACUUCAACUUCAUGGGCCAGCUACUGGAGUUUGAACAACAGCUGAGUGACAGCCCCUGUAGGGGCGGAGACUGUAGCUGUGCCAAAGAGGGGCGGCGCCUGUGCAUGAGACCAGACCCUGUCCUCCAAUCUCUUAUCCCGAUCCCAUCCUCUAGUCUGUCCUCCUCAUCCUCGUCCACGUCAUCGGCAUCCUCCUGGGAGCAGACACCGGAAACAUCUUCUAGGAAAAGGGAAUUCAAUUUCACGGUCGACAGCUGAGGAUGGGCGUGAAGAAAGAUUCCACAGGACUCGGUGUGAAUUAACUUUAACCAAUCCGACGGUGUGCAGUUUGUAUUGUAUUGUGGAAUUGCACGCCGCGUAGAAUGACUCGAGAAGCGGUUUACCGAUAUGGUUUGAACCCGGACGAUGAUUGUAAAUAUCCCUGGUGCUUGAGAGUAGACUUUACAGGAAGACAUCGCAGUUCAAUGUAUUUUUUAUUUCACAACACGGGAAGUUUAAAAUGAGGAAGUAAGCUCUUACAAAAAUACAGAAAAAAGUCACGUCGAAAGGAAGCUAGCGCUUUUGGUUUCCAUUCUGUUUGUUAUAAUUACAUCCUAAAGAAACAGUAUAAAGUUACCACAUGACUGGUGAUUGUUAUUAUUUGGACAAACUGCCCAUGUGGUAUGUAUUGCGUAGCGGGACACCAACUGGUCCAUUGGCAAUCAAUAUUUUUAUACCUAAGCAAAAGUGCAGAGUUAAAUGGUCAAAGGUCCAUUUCUAACUGAAGUAAGAAGAUUCAAGUGCUGCCCAUAUAGCCAAGUCGCAGCGGUGUGUGCAGAUAUGCAAUGUGUAGUGACACGCAUUGUUUCCUUAUGAUGUGUGGGUUUUCACCAACUGUUUCUUGCGCCAUCGGAACUAUUUGAUUUUUCAUCAGAUAGCAAAGAUCCAAUUUCCUGAAGAGCGGCCACCUAGGUGUAUACGUGUCCUGUGAUGGUUUAAUCACACCAUUUAUUGGAAAUGCGCUUUGCAUGUGGACAUUCAUAGUGGAAUGGCGACGCAUUUGAGUGUGCACAAGGGGAGAAAAUGUUGGUACACACUAAAACACCACCUCAUGAUUUCUGUUACCAACAUAAUAACUAAAUGUAGAGACCGGUGCAGAAACUUAAGAAAUGUAUGAACUUGAGAAAGAUGCUGGUUUAUUUUCCUUCUAAGUUUGGUUUUCAAAAACUUGAAGCCAUUGUACAGGUUAAAGCCAUCAUGCAGUAUACAAUACUACAAAGACAAUGUGUGUUUUUCUACACCAAUGUAAAUAAUUGUAAAUAUUGUUAUGUACAAAAAAACACAAAACAUGACUUUUAAAGGUGCAGAUUUGUACAGAAUGUAUGUUUGAUAUAUUUUAACCAAUAUUAUUAUGGGUUUGUUUUCUGACUAGGCGUCUAGCUGAUUGGUAUAAAUGGUAGUUUAAUUUUGUUACAAAAUAAUGCACUGCUGACUACUUAACAUUGUCAUGUAUGUUUAGUCUGGUGUCUUUAUGUUUUGUCUGGAUGCUGGUGUUCACUACAGGGGUAUAGUGCUCUCCCAUGUAUACAGUAUAGUCUUAUCUGUUACAUGCUCAAUAAAAUCCAUCAUAAUGUAGGAUUUUAACUUCUUGGCCCAUGUAGCCCUUCACAUGAAAUAUGCUAUUCCACUCUCGAAUGAGCAUGGACACAAUUGGUUGGCGAAUGCCAUACUCGAGACAGACGCAGAAAUGCGUAGAUGUGUCACGCCACCCUACAAAAAGGUGCGAUAUUUCCUGAUUUCGCCAACCAGUAUUGUCAGUAUUGCAUGCGCAAGGCAAAAUUAAAAAUUUUCAUAGAGAUGGUUGCUUAAGGGCCACAAUCUAUGAAAUUUGCGGAUGUUAUCAAAUGAAUUUUUUUGCAGAAGCAAGCCCAAAUUCCCUCGUGGACAAAAAAACUUUAAGGCUCUUGUCUUCUUUUUUGUUCAUCUUUACGUCACCAGAAAGGUUUCAUAACGAGACAAAAACGAUUGGAUAUGUUUCUUUUUAAAUCCUUUCUUUGGUGUUUACAAAGAGCAUUACCCUGAUUGAUAUUAGCAUGUCUCCUCCCUAAAUAUAAACAAUCCUUGUUUAUUCCCCUAGAGAAAUUCCACUGUCAGGCAGGGCUGGCAAACUCAAGGCCAUGGAAGCUAUUUUUCCUCCUUUCAUUUUUUUUUUGUGACUCAUUUCCAGAUAGGCUUUCUGUGAACAUAGUUAAUGAUGUGUGCUAUGGCAUGGAAAACUACUAGUACACUGCAACCCAUGUCUUGCUCAUUAUGCUUGAAUGGUUUGAGAACUGCAUGGUGUCAAUUGCAACCUUGCCUUCAGACCACCAUGACGUAGAUGUAAAACGGAUAUGUCACAGUGCUAACAUAGUGACCACAACCGGGUUUUAUCUAUGGGUUUCAAUUUCUUGUGUUCAUAGUUUAGGACACAUUUAUUAGAUUGUCCAGUGUGCUCGGGGAAUAUUGUAACCUGGAGAUAGCAAACAGAGAAGAUAACUUUCAUUACUUGUGCGUACCUAACUUUCACUUUUCACUGUUUCCCUGAAGUUAGAAAACCUUUUUUGUGGGAAAAUGUCAUAAUCUGCCCUGAUGAUGCAUUACUAGACCUUAACCAUGCAGUGGAAUGAAACAAAAAUGUCCUCAUCCAAUAGUUACAUGUGCAUAAGGAACUUGGCAAAUCUAUGGGAUUUAGUUUCCAAUUCAUUUGUUUGUGUUUGUUCAAAUGUAUCUUGAUAAUUAAUGUAAAUGGCAUUCAGCAUUAUUGUUCAGGUAGAGUUCCAAUCAACAUAAUCUGUUUCUGACUUUAUUUUAUUUUUUAUUUUUUUACACAACUCAAUAUAUUUGUAAAAAAUAUAUUACUCUUAGAAAAUGUUGGUUUCCUCAAAGGCUGAAUGUGUCUUGUAUUUUUUUUUUUUUUUUUGAAAAAAAUGACUGGAAA